CUGUCGUCAUAGAUCCCACCAUGCAGACUUCAAUGAUGGCUAAAAGCCCCCAAGAUUUGGGACCUACUUCUUCUUCCUCAAAUUUCCCCGAACGUGAUUGUAAUGGUUGAGUCAUCUUAGACCAGCCUGGAUCACGAUCCAUGUCGCUACUCGCCACCCUGGACAGGACUCUGCACAUAACGCCAAACUGCACCCCAAACAAGAUUUUCAAGCUUCCAUCCAUCCGUCCUACAUCCAAGUAGCAGGCAGCAAAGACAGCAAUUGAACACAUCCACACGAAUCUGUGCUUGCACACACUACAUUAUCCCCACUGCCUCUAAAUUAUGCCUAGAGCAUGGAUCAGCUGGAUACUCUAAUUCAGCGGUGCCAUGAUCUGGAAGCAAAAGUUCGUCUAACUGAGGAAGAGAGAGAUUCACUGGUAAACGAAAAUGAGGAUCUUUUUAAUCGUAUCUCAGCAUUGGGUUCCAAGAUCGAAGGCCACGAGACAAAGAUGAAUCCUCACGAGCAGGAAGUCAAUCUAAUCAUAGAUGAAAUCUCCAGAUUAGAUUCGUCCUUCCGCUCCAUUCAGUCAGUUAUUACGGGAAUGUCCGAUAAAAUUAAGGAAAUGUCCACCAUACGAGAAUCAGUUCAGUUUGCCUUGGAAGAAACAAAAGAGGUCAAGGAUGAUGUGUCAUUGCUAAAAGUUACCCUUCAAAGUGCAGCUAAGCCAGAUUCUCAAGGGGGUACUGGCUCAUUUGACUUACGGCUAAGACAAGUUGAAGAUCUUCUUAUCAAAUUUGCUCAACAAGAGGCUGGAUUACAAUACAUCUUGGAGGAAACCAAACUCUUGAAAGAUCAAGUGGACAGCUUGAAAGAAAACACAUACGAGCGUAAGCAAGACAAUUGUGCCCAGGACUUCUGCACAAAUGUGGCUGCCCUUGGGAUCGAAAUGCAAGAGGGUACCCCAAUCUCAUUAGCGUCGUCUCGGCACAUUUCAAUGGACAACAACGAUAACGAGGAGCCGGAAUUUCAUUAUCCAGUCACCCUUUCAGUCACCACGCAAACAGAUUUUGCCCCGGAAACAGAAAAAGAAAUUGUGCCAGACAUUUUGGACUCGGCUAAAGACCCAUCGGCCUGCCAUGAGCUCGUUCAUAUGGUUAUUAAUAUGUUUUUAUAGUGUUUUUGUAUUUUUUUUUGUAAUAUACUUACUCAACUGUCUUGUUUCUACUUAA